GAUUUUAACGUUAUUUCCGCUGCCAGUUUUGACCGACGUGAGAAUUUUGGUGAGGUUGUUAGAUAUGUGCUAAUGUGGCUUACAUGUUGUUUGCCCGUUUCUAAUGAUCGUGUUCUGUGACAUAUAAAUACGUUAGCCAUUAUUAUUAUAAUCAAGUUAUUGUUAACUCGUGACGUCAGAGACACGCUGUUGGUUAGCCACUUCUCUUGCUAGGAAGCGUUAGCUAACCAUCGUUUUAUCACCAUGGCAAGUGCAGCAAAUGCAAACCUAAACGCAGUCCGGGAGACAAUGGAUGUCUUGCUUGAGAUCUCCAGGUUGUUGAACACUGGUUUGGACAUGGAGUCUCUGUCCAUAUGUGUGAGACUAUGUGAGCAAGGGAUCAAUCCUGAAGCCUUGUCUGCAGUCAUCAAAGAGCUGCGGAGAGCUUCAGAGUCUUUCAAGGCUUCUGAGAACUGCACAAACUGAAGACAGAAGACAGACCUCAAAUGUUUGAAACACUCAUCGGGAUCAUGCUCUGAUCUGUUUUGGCACUUUUUUUUCUGUGACUUCUGCGCUGUCCUGUUCUGUACUUAAUACAUCUUUGGCCUGUGUUCGGGGCUCUCUGUAAAAAUAGCACCAUCUGUCUUAUUUUGAACAUAAGUCACAUGCUUAAAGUGAUGUAUGCUCAGUCCAUCCAAUUUCAUAUUUAGCCAUACUCCUGACAUGCUUUUGGAUGCGGUGCGAUGCUUAGUCAGCAAUGAUAUCUUGCUGUAGUAAUAAUUUUUAAAAGGAGAAAUUUAAUUUUCUAUUCCCUUUUGUCCAACUUCUAUGGUUUUUCUUGUGUAUAUAGUUAGUCAUUUAAUUGAGUUUUUUAAAUAAUAUUUAAUUUUACUUAUGAAACUGGGUUUUUGUUGUUUCACUAAUUUGUCUAAAAUAAACUUGUCAAAGGUG